AUGACAUUCAAAGUCCUCGUCUACGCCCACCGCCUCCCAGGAAUCUCCCCAGAAGAUUUCAAGCAGCACUACGAAGCACACAUCGAGCUCUUCAAGCGCCUGGUCGGCGACGACUUCCCGCUCUCCCACAGGCGCGUCUACAUUGCUCGCACGGCCGUCGAAGCGGCGCCAGACGGUGCCUCGGCACGCAACGCGACAACUCCAGCAACCGUGGUUGUCGGCCAACAAUCCGACUACGAUUAUGACUGUCUGGCCGAGAUGACGUUCGCGGAUCAGGCGAGCUGGGAGGCCUGCGUGGCGAAGGCCUAUGCCCCGAAAUCAGUGCGGCCCGUUUUGGUACCGGCAAACCCCGAGUCUGUCCGCACCACCGAGUCUGUUCAUACUACUGAGUCCGUCCGCACCACUGAGUCCUUCCGCACCAGAGAGUCUGUCCCCACUACUGAGUCUGUUCGUACUACGGAGUCUGUCCUCACUACAGAGUCCGUCCGCACCACUGAGUCCUUCCGCACCAGUGAGUCUGUCCCCACUACUGAGUCUGUCCGCGCUACUAAGUCUCUUCGCACCAGUGAGUCUGCCCGCACUAUUGAGUCUCUUCGCACUACUGAGUCUGUCCCGACCACUGAGUCUAAGGCGGCCGCCCUCUACGACCAGCAGCCCUCGCUCACCCACGGCCCUCAAUGGCCCACCGCCUUCUAUGACCUGCAGCCCUCUGUGACCGGCAGCCCACUAUGA